CCCUCGUCAUGGAGGUAGUAGAGGUUGAAGGCACGAAAAUAGCCCCCGAAGAAGUUUCCGUUGAAGCAGGGUGGCUUGUCAGCCACCGUAAGCAACGACAGACUACGCAGGCAUCAUCCCAACUCAUACACGGAUCCCUCCGUGCAACAGCAAGCGCACGCACCGAGAGUACCGAGCAGCCCGCACUACGCCGACGCGCACCACGGCAACCUCGACUUCCGAAGAAUGAUAUCAAGAUCGUCAUACGCCCAAGAGACGGUUUCAACGUGUCCAAACUAGGAGACGCCCAGAUACGCGACUCAAUACUACAGAUCACGGGCAUUACAACCAAAGAAGCAGAGGACGACAUUUACCGCUCAUGCACGGAUAAUAAUGUCAUUGUAGUUAGCACGCCAAUGAUGUCUAACGCCGAAAAAUACUGUCGCAUCCGCAGUCUCCCCAUCGGAGCAGUCCGCUACGCUGCCACAGCAUACGUCACACCGCCGGAGGACACAGCCAAAGGAGUCAUACAUAACAUCCCUUCAUAUGACACGGAAGAAGACAUUACCAACAGUCUCAUUUACAAGAAGAACCCUACGAUUCUGCAGGCCCGACGCAUGGGCAAGACUAAUUCAGUGCUCAUCGUAUUCGACGGAAAGCAAGUACCGUACCAUGUCUACUACCGCGGAGCAGAAUACAAAUGCUAUCUACAUAAGAAGCGCAUCGAGGUCUGCGACAUCUGCGGGACCGUCGGCCACAGGGCCGAUGUAUGCCCCACUCCAACCCAGAAGAAAUGCAAGAGCUGUGACACAGUAAAUCCACCGGAUGAUCACCCCUGUCACCCUUGCUGCGCGCUCUGCGGCAAAGACCACCCGACUGGUGAUAAGUCCUGCCAUCGCCGCUUCCAGACACCACACCUCCUACUCCAACGACGAUGGGAACGCCUACGACUGGGACAACAAGGAGCUGACCAGGAGAUGGGGCCAUCGACUUCUGCAAAUGGAGACUCAGCUCUGCCAACACCGAAGUCAACACUACAACCGCAGGCUCCCGAACGCAGCAAUUCACGAGGACGCAGUCGGUCUCGUGGACGCAGCCGCUCCCGAGGUCGCAGUCAGUCACAA